UUACCUGUCUCUACUGUACGAUAUAAUGUUAAAAGCAGCACUUUGAAGUAUAGAGGUGGUAAUGGUCAUCCAAAAAAAAUAACAGUCAAUAUAGCAAAAACUAUUGGCCAAUCCAUUUGUCAUGACAAUACAAUAUCAUUACGUUCUCUUGCCACUAAACUUAAUAACCGUGAUGUUGAUGUGUCUUAUC